AUGCGUAAUUGUGGCGAGGUAGCAAGCAACACCACCAUGCAGCCAUAUUGUGUGGUGAUGGCGGAGUGUGUGCACUUUCGAGAAACAAUGCCACGGUUAGAGCAGCAGCCCCAAGAGGACUUUCGUCGAGUGUUGCGAGAGAAAGCUCUAAGUCAUAGCUUGUUCUACCUCAAACUGGGCGCGGGAAUAGAACCGGAUAAGGCGAGGGAGCCUGCGGCCGCGCAACGCAGACCUAGUGCCAGUGGAGUUGCGUUCGCGCCUCAGACCGCGCGCGUCAGGCACGCACAGCCGCGCGUCUCCGAGCUACUGCGGCGCUUCGAACCCGCCCCCAUGCAAUACCUCCGCAUCCCGCGGGCCGCCACUCCACCCGAAGACAUCACAUCCUCAGAUGAUGACGACCGAGCAGCCGUGAGGCGACGCAGUCGCGACUUGAGCGACGAUUCCGCAGUGGAACUGGAACCGAGGCCAAGGAGGCAUUCCCACCCUCGCGACGUAACACCACCUCCAGAGACAAUGUCGCCAAGAAGGGAAAGGACUUUGAUCGAAGCCAAUGUGGUGGAGUUGGGGCGGCGGAGUAGCGAAGGAUGUGAAACAAGAGGUCGUUGCGUGAGGACACCAAGUGUGGUCGUCAGCGAUUAUUCCGAUGGAGUGGCUGUUGGUGCUACUGAGGAAGAAGUGAACUGGUUGAGGUCGAGAUCUCUGUCAGCUGAUUCGGCCUGCUCGUCGUGUUCUACUCUGUCAAGUCGGGAGGAUGACGAGUUCGAGUCACCGACCCUACCAAAAAAGAUGUUAGACACCGAAUGA